UAACGCGACAGUGCUACGAUUCAAUACGUUGUUCGUGAAACUCUCGUUUUCAAUAUGGAUGCCAAGGCUGGUGUGUUAAUGUCGAUCAUCGCUUGUGUGAUGAAUAUCAUCGGUCUGGCCAUUCCUUACUGGCUUGAAUUUUCGCGUUCUGAGGCUGGUCAGUCAGUCAGCUACAAUUAUGGACUUUGGUCAAUGUGCGCACAUGAGGAAAGCUUUUACAAGUGUGCUGUUUUUAAAUCAGAGACAGUCCCUGAUGUUUUUCUGCAAGCGAGGUACAUAGAGAUCGCGGCCUCCAUCCUGAUGUUCUUCUCCAUAAUAUGGGGAGUCGUCCAAACGGUCUUGCAUACCCCUAAAGCCCUGUUCACGAAACCAUCAGGAGUCGUGUGUUUCAUAGCAGGUAUUCUGGCACUGGUGGGAUGCAUAGUGUUCGCGGCAAACAGCUUCAUCAAGACGAUGAUGACAGGCUAUCACUAUCACGCAGGGUUCGCCAUGUGUAUCAUAGCCGGAGUGUUGAGCCUGGUAAGCGGCAUACUAUAUAUGUUGGCUAAAAAGGGCACACAGCACACUUAGGAAACGCAGAAAAAGGGUUCGCUUCACAUAGUGAAUUUAAAAUUGUUACUUUCGACAGUAAAAACCUCAACUGUAAUAUUUGGUUAAUCAAUGUACACGAAUUUUGAAAGUAAUUGUUAACAUAUGUUCUCUAAAGCAUUUGUAGAUUCACUUUUGUUACAGUAAUUGAUAUUUCGUUCUUUUAUAUGAAAACAUCAUAAGUUGUAAGCAAUAUUUUAAAGUUGCUAUAUGUUCAUCGUUUUAAAAUCGCUAUAUAUAAAUUUCUUACAUUAAUCUAACUUUACGUGUUAACAGGCCAUCAGCGUUGGCCUCAAUGGCCUAAACAAAUUAUGUAGGCCCUAUUCAGAUACCGAAAAGUCCUUGUCUAAUUUUAGAAAUGCUUUCUACAAGGAAUCUUUUGUGCGAUAUUAUUUCUAUGAUUACUAUACUAUUAAAUGUUUGUCAACAAACUGCAUUUGAUGAUUGAUGUAUUCUUUAGAUUGCAAAAAGUUGUUUCGCAUUAUUGUAUUUGUGCCACAAUCUGUGAAGAAGCGGCUUUAAUCACGAAGGUAUUUAUUGAAUGUAAACAUUAUCAACAACAGCCAACUAAUAAUAUUUACAGGCGAUUGCAUCUUUAACAUGUCAUUUGAAACCUGUCUUUAAAAGCCACGUUUGGCACAAAAUACUUAUUCUUGUCACACGAAUUAAAUGUCUUUUAGUUAAAAAAUGUAGAAAAGUGUAGUCAGUCGUCGUGUAGAACAUUAUUUGAAAUUAUUGGUGUUCGGCGAAAAUUCACUUUGGUUGAUAAAGAUAACCCAAUCUAUUAUAAUGCAAAAACGUGUUUUAUUAAGGAUAAUUUGUAAUAAAGGAAAUAUUUAGCGCGAUUCGUCAGGUGAUGCACUGCGCUCCAAGUUGGUUGCACAUGCGUCCAAUUUGUUUAUGUCAAAACUGAAUGGUCAGUUAAUGCUGUCGUUAAAUAUAUAUUUGACCAACAAUUAAAGAGAAAUGACUAUAAUAUAUUUUAUAACCAUAUCUAACACCAUUCAUUGAUAACAAAAUUGACUUAGACAUUUAUCACAAAAUGUCACAUAAUUGACUGGUGUUCCACCAUGACUCCUUUGAAAAAGUGGGAAUCUUUAAACAUCAGAAAUAGAAGAGUGAAUGACAAAUCUGGACAACACGACAUAAAACAAAAGCAAUGUUUAAAGAUUGUGCCAACACUUGGAACGGUCAAACAAAAAUCAAUGAGAUAGUAAGUACACAUAACACAGACACACACAAGCAAAACGUGAUUCAUUCUGGGAUCACUGACUUGGAACGUUUAAGGAAGAAACACAUUGGGGUAUUAAAAGCUUAAACGGCAUGUCUAACCUGACACUUAGCCUUUUAGUUUAUCAAUUGAUGUCACAUGUUUUAAAAACUUGUUGAUUCACAUUCUGAAGAUGAAUGUCAUUCAUAUUUCGAAUUCACAAUACAUAUCAAGAAGUGAAACUUCUAUAAGUAUGUGAAACUUCUAUAAGUACUUAUACACAAACAACAGUCUCUAACAGAGGGCGUCUUACUGGUCAAUACUUGCUGUAAAACCAUGAUGUUGUCUGAGACGGCAAGCAUGUCACAUCCAAAAAAGCAUCUUUCACUUCAUCACUGGAAUCGGUUCAGUCACCAAAAAAAUACAUUGAAAAGAAUAAUCAUACGAGAUCAGAUGUGGCUAUUGUUGUUUUAUGAUUAACGAUCGAAAAAUCAAAGAACACUUAACAAUUUAACAAUAGGUUGCAACUAUGGGUGGUAUUGAUACGUUUUGUCAAUUAGUAAUUAUAAAAUAAGUAAUCAAUAUUGUACUCGUAUAAUUGAUUUGUUAGCUUAGCCCAGUAUGCCAUGUAUCCAAUAUUCAUGAUUAUAUGCACACAAUAAAACAUUUCAUUUUUGAUUCAAUGUAUGUCUCAAAUGACGGAAGAUGUAUACAAUAGCUACGUGCAAAAGUAAUAGAGUAUAUUAGUGAAGA